AUGGCUAUUAGAUCAAACAAGGAUGAAGGAAACAGGCUGAAUCGAAGAGGAGUGGCAUUCGUUCAAUCCGACAGCGAUGCAGAGAAGAUGUUGAAGCCAACCGACGCACCACCAGCUGCAAAAAAGCUUCGAAGGUACAAUGAAGCAUACCUGCAGUUUGGGUUUACAGUAUCUGAUCUGAGACCUCAGUGUGUCGUGUGUGCCGAGGUGCUGGCUAACGACAGUAUGAAGCCCUGCAAAUUAAAAAGGCACCUCGAAACAAAGCAUGCUGGCAUUAAAAAUAAACCGGCUGAAUAUUUUAAAAGAAAGUUUGAUGGCCUCCAUCAGCAACAGGCAACCAUUUCAGUGCACAGCACUGUGUCUAAACAGUGUUUGGAGGCAUCGUAUGUAGUGGCCAAAAGAAUUGGUAAACUGGGUAAACCGCAUACAAUCGCCGAGACUCUUAUUUUGCCGGCAGCGCAAGACAUGUGCAGAAUAAUGAUAGGUGAUAGUGCAGCACCCAAACUUGGUGCAAUACCCCUGUCCAAUGACACAGUCGCUAGGAGAAUUGUAGACAUGUCCAAUGAUAUCAGAGAGCAACUGAUAGAGUUUGUAAAAAAGAGUCCUUACUACGCGCUGCAGCUGGACGAAUCCACUGAUAUUGCUGGGCAGGCACAGCUCCUCACUUAUGUCAGGUAUCUGCGGGAUAAGGCGAUUGAGGAGGAUGUACUGUUUUGCCGGCCUCUUCAGUCACACACUACAGGAGAAGCCAUUUUCAAUGUCCUUGAUAUUUUUAUCUGUGAAAAUGGUUUGGCUUGGGACCGAUGCGUUGGCCUAUGCACGGAUGGUGCGCAGGCAAUGGCGGGGCGUGAGCGUGGCCUAGCUGCUCGCGUUCAGCAAGUAGCUCCACUUGUGAAAUGGACACAUUGCAUGGUCCAUCGCGAAGCACUAGCUGCUAAAAAAAUGCCAGUUCUCUUUGACUCCGUGCUGAACCAGUCCGUGAAAAUGAUAAAUCUAAUCAAAUCACGGCCGCUAAACUCUCGUUUGUUUGGGGUCCUCUGCCAGGAGAUGGGGUCAGAGCACGAAGAGCAGCUUCUGCACACUGAAGUUCGCUGGCUCUCCAGGGGUCGGGUGUUACAGCGGUUGUAUGAGCUGCGAGAGGAGGUGAAGUGGUUUUUGACAGAAAUCAAAUCAGAUCUGGCGAAGCAUCUGGAUGACACUAUGUGGCUUGCAUCUCUGUCCUAUUUGGUCGAUAUAUUUGACCGCUUGAAUGGCCUCAACCUGUCUUUGCAAGGCCGUGAAACUCAUAUUUUGCUCCUUGCAAACAAAGUGCACGCCUUCACACAAAAACUAGACCUCUGGCAUGGCCGUAUCAGUCGAGGGAACUGCGACAUGUUCCCCAGCCUCGCAGACUUUAUCACUGAUGCAGGCACGUCACACGAUUUCUCCUCCGUAUUUCAAUCAGCAUCUGAGCACUUGUCAGCAAUGAGAAAACAAUUUGCGACAUACUUUAAAGAGGAUUAUCACUCUUUUGCGUGGGUUCGAGAUCCGUUUGUGUGCACAGCAAACGAGCUAUCAAUCGAUAUGCAGGAACAGCUUAUUGAGCUGAAGAGUGGCAGUAGACUGAAUUAACUCUUUAGCUCCUGCCCUCUU